GCGGUUGGAUCGCGUCAGUAACGACAACAGGAAGUUGCGAGGGACGCGCGAAUUCGAUGCGACCGGUCAAGAUUUGUCACACCGGACCGAGACGUCUAGUCGGUCGAAAUGGCGAAAAGGAAGAGCACCUCCGUCAUUGACAACAACUCGAAACGACCCAAACCGAGGCACGAUGUUGACGACGACGAUGAUGCUGAAGAGCUUUCUACUUCAUUUCAGUCCACGUUGGGUAAACAGUUGGCAGUUCCGAGUAAUCCUGUGACUGACGCCGGGAUAGUGGAGAGCAUCACGCUGAGGAACUUCAUGUGUCAUUCCCUCCUGGGCCCUUUCACUUUCAGUCCCAGUGUCAACUUUGUUGUCGGCCAAAAUGGGACUGGAAAAAGUGCCGUCCUGACCGCUCUUAUCGUUGCUUUGGGUGGAAACGCCCAGGCCACCAACAGAGCCUCAUCCCUCAAGGAUUUCAUCAAGGAUGGGGAAAGCUCCGCCGAUGUCUCAGUCACACUACGAAACCAAGGAUCUGACGCUUACAAACCCGAACUUUACGGGUCUUCUAUUGUCGUCGAUCUCCGAAUAACACGCGAGGGAUCAAGAAUGUAUAAACUCCGAUCCAAGUCUGGUCAAGUGAUUUCCACCAAAAAAGAAGAGCUGGUUUCCAUGCUGGAUAGUUUUAAUAUUCAGGUGAACAACCCUGUGACAGUGCUGAAUCAAGAGAUGAGCAAAUUCUUCCUCCAUUCUAAAGGAGAGGGGGACAAGUACAAGUUUUUCAUGAAAGCCACUCACCUGGAUCAGAUGAAUGACGACAUCACCGCCAUCAAAAGUGCACAGACCGUCACCAGGGAUAAACUGGAGCAGCACUGUGAAUGCUUAAAGGAGUUGAAGCAGGACUACAAAGCGAAGGAGGAGUGCUUCAAGAACCUGGCGUCUGUUGAUGAAAUGCACGCCAAACUGGAGGAGCUACAGAAGCAGAUGGCCUGGGCUCUGGUGGAGGAGGUGGAAAAGGAGCUGGUGCCGAUGAAGGACAAGCUGCAGGCGGAGAGACGCUCCACAGUGAAAUAUGAUGAGAAAGUCGAGGAGUGGAAGAAUAAGACCAAGGAGGCAGAGGACAGGUACAAGAUCCUUCAGGAAGAUUUGGAGAAAAUCACCCAGAAGGUCCAGGAACUACAGCCCAAGUCGUCUGUGUUAAAAGCUGAAGCCCAAAAGCUCAACACUGUUUUUAGGUCCAGUGAGGUCACCGUCCACAGACACAAGGUGAACCUGAGAGACCUGGAAAAGGACAAGACUCUGUUGACCACACGGAUAAAUGACCUGAAGCACAGCAUCAGUUGCACAUCUGGGUCAGAAAUUGAAGCCAAGCAGCAGCGAAUGGAGCAGCUCCAGACGGAGGUGGAAAACAUGAACCUUCACAUCUCCACUCUGGGCCAGCAGAUGGACCAGUAUGAGCACGCCUGCCUCAGAGCCAAGGAGGAGCAAGAGAAGCUCAGGAUGGAGCAGUCCAAUCUCCAGAAAUCCAUCUCGGCCAACGGCAGGCGGCUGCGGAUGCUGGAAGGCAGCAGGUCAAACAGACUGCAGCGCUUCGGGGAAAACAUGCAGCCUCUUCUCAACGCCAUCGAGGAGGCGCACAGGCGAGGUCAAUUCAAGCAGAAGCCCAGAGGACCUCUCGGUUACCUGAUCAGCCUGAAGGACCCGGACUUGGCCCUGGCCGUGGAAGUGUGUCUGAAAACUCUGCUGCAGGCUUUUAUCUGCGAUAACCAUAAGGACGAGGACGUGCUGAAGGGCCUGAUGGCGAGGGUCUGCGCUGGAGGACGUCGACCCCAAAUCAUCACCAGCAGGUUUCUGCCAAACAUCCACAACAUCACACAAAGAGCGGUGAACCACCCCAAAUACCCGUCUGUGCUUCAGGCUCUGGACAUUGAGGACCAUUUUGUGACAAACUGCCUUAUUGACCAGAGGGGUGUCGAGAGUAUUUUACUGAUCAAGGACCGUGCAGAAGCGCGUAAUGUGAUGCAGCAGAACAGACCCCCGCAGAACUGCAGUCAGGCUUUCUCUAAGGAAGGCGACCAGAUCUUUCCCAACCGGACUUACACGGCCGACCAGAAGCGGGUCAACUACCUCUCUGGAGACGUGGAGGAGGAAAUCAGGCAUUUGCAGAAAGAAAUGGAGAACCAGAAAGCUCAGGAGGCUCGCUUUGACCAGCAAAUCAGAAGGCUGAGCGACGACAUCAGGCAGAACCAAGUGCUGCAGAGAAAAACUCACAUGGAGCAGAAGUCGACCCAAAACAAAGCCACAAACCUCCAGCUGGAGCUGAUGGACCUGCAGAAUGUUGAAGAACCGCUGUCUGAGGACCUGAAGCCUCUGGAGGAGGAUCUGCAGGAGAUCGAGGGCAAGAUCGAGCUGCUCACUGUGGAGUUGGAGGAGGCCAAGGCUCAGAUGGUUGAACACAAAGUCUCUCACGAGAAGGCGGAGCAGGAAUAUAAGCAGCACAAAGAUCAGAUCGCUGCCAUCGCAGAGGAGGCCGACCAGAAGAAGGAGGAGCUGAGCAACACGGACCAGGAGGUGAUGAAGCGUCAGCAUCAUAAAAAGCACUAUGAUGACAAGCGCAGCGCUCACCUCCGAAACAUCCAGAGCCUGGAAGAGUCCGUGGAAAAGAAGCAGCAGGAGAUAGAGGCCUCCGUUUCCAAGGCAACCGAGAUCUGCCCAGACCGCGUGAGCGUCUCCAAGUCAGCCAAAAGUCUGGAUAUGGAGAUCAGCCGCCUCAAGGUGAAGAUCAGAACUCAGCAGGAGAAGCAGGGGGACAAGGAGGAGAUCGUGAGACAAUAUCACGAGGCCAUGGUGAACUACAAGAACAUGGCGCAGGAAAUCAAGAACCUGAAAACCUUCAGCAACAUGCUGCACCGAGUCUGGGCCAACAGGGUAGACUUCUACUCUGUUUUCAGAAGCUUUCUUUCAGCUCGGUGCAAAUACCUCUUCGACAGCAUGCUGUCACAGAGAGGCUACUCAGGCCGGAUGAUCUUCGACCACAAGGAGCAGACUCUCUCGCUCUCUGUGACGCCCAGCGAAGGCAGCGAGGAGGAGCGGAGCGACAUGCGCUCGCUGUCCGGGGGCGAGCGCUCCUUCUCCACCGUCUGCUUUGUCCUCUCUCUCUGGGGCAUCACGGAGACGCCGUUCCGCUGCCUGGACGAGUUCGAUGUUUACAUGGACAUGGUGAACCGCAGGAUCUCUGUGGACAUGAUGCUGGAGGUGGCCUUGAGCCAGACGUACAGGCAGUUCAUCUUCCUCACGCCGCUCAGCAUGAGCUUCAUUCCUGAGAGUAGCAACAUCCGCAUCAUUCGCUUCGAAAAGCCAGCAGGUCGAGCGCAGGACGAAGAGGUGGAGAAGUAGCGUUUGGGUUCGUGUACAGUGACGUGUCGUGUCCUUCAGCUGUAUUUUAUCAUGACAUUUUUAAUAAGCUCAGAACAGACGGCUCUGGCAAUUCUCUUAAAUAAAAAAAACACAUUUGAUCUAUG